AUGUUUCCUGAAUUCAUGAUAGAGCAUAAUGUCAAUCUUGACAUUGCCGAAGCAAUUAUUCUAGGCCCUCGUAAAGUAACGCCUGUGAGUAGAAAACAAAAUAAAAACUUUUCCCUGACACCACAAAAACAAAGUUUCAGCGCUCUUUGGAAAGAAAUGCCAAACUUAGCAUUAACACAAACAGGAAAUAUCAUAAAACUAUCGAAGCACAGAGUUAUGCGGCAAGUUUGCUCAAAGGUGUGUGCUUUUGCUUACACCAUCAGGUUUAAAUCGAGGCUGAGAAUGAAUAUGGAAAAGUUAAGCAUAUAUUCAAAUGCUUGCUUCUUAUAUUACUUACCUGAGAACACUAAGAGCAGCGAUAUUUCCUAA